AUGACCGACACACCAGGUCUCUCACCAGAGCAGCUGGAAGCCUUCAGCCGGGAUGGCUAUCUUAUCCUCCCCGGUGCCCUCUCCAGCUCAACUGUCAAGUCUCUUCUAGAUGAAACGCACAACCUUCUGGAGAACUUCUCUCUGGAUGACCAUCCUCUUACACGUUUCUCAACAGGCGAGAAGCGUGAUCAUGUUGGCGACGACUACUUCCUGACCUCAGGCGACAAGGUUCGAUUCUUCUUCGAGGAAGACGCUUUCGAUGAUGAAGGAAAACUCAUCAAGCCCAAAGCUCGCGCUGUAAACAAGAUUGGCCAUUAUCUCCAUGCUUUGUCGCCUCCCUUUGCACGCCUGCUAGACCAUGAUACUAGCAAGGUCAGCCCACCCGCUGUGGCACGCAGUCUUGGCUUCAAGGAUCCGCGGUGUCUUCAGAGCAUGGUCAUCUGCAAACAGCCAGAAAUCGGUGGUGCCGUGCCACCUCACCAGGACUCUACUUUCCUAUACACUAACCCUCCUUCUGCUGUGGGCUUUUGGUACGCUCUUGAAGAUGCCACGCUUGAGAACGGAUGUCUCAGUUUCUUGCCAGGCUCGCAUCGCUGGGCGCCAGUAGAAAAGAGACUUGUCCGUAAGGAUGGCAAUGCUGGCACAGAGAUGGUGAAUAAUGAUGGACCGAGGUUCCCAGCGGCAGAUGGCUAUGGUAAGGAUGAGCCAAAAGACAAGCAUGACUAUGUCCCUGGAGAGGUCAAGGCCGGUGACUUGGUCCUCAUUCACGGCAACUUGUUGCACAAGAGUGAGAAAAACACUAGUCAAAAGGGAAGAAUCAUCUACACUUUCCAUAUCAUCGAAGGACAGGAUAGGGAUUACGAUGCGAAGAACUGGCUUCAACCGCCUGAGGAAGGAUUCACCAAACUGUUUGCCUAG